GGCGGUGACGGACCUGAAAGUUUAGAAUCAUCAACUGACGGCAGCUGAGGAAGAGGAGAGAAGAGGAAAACCUUACGGAUAAUAUGCCUGUCAUGUCGGAGGACCUUGAAUUCGGAGAUGACCCGACCAUGAUGACCAUGGAGGAAGAUGGAGAGGCGAGCAACGACGAAGCAAUGUCUGCCACGGCUGACAGUGGCCUAGCAGGGGCCGAGUCCGAGGGAUCAAAAAUUGAUGCCAGCAAAAACGAAGAGGACCAAGGGAAGAUGUUUGUGGGGGGGCUGAGCUGGGACACCACCAAGAAAGACCUGAAGGAUUACUUCUCCAAGUUCGGAGAGGUGGUGGACUGCACUCUGAAGCUGGACCCUAUGACCGGCCGCUCCAGGGGCUUCGGCUUCGUGCUGUUCAAGGAGGCGGACAGUGUUGACAAGGUGGUCACACAGAAGGAUCAUAAGCUUAACGGGAAGGUGAUCGACCCCAAGAAGGCCAAAGCCAUGAAGAGCAAGGAGCCGAUCAGGAAAGUCUUUGUGGGCGGUCUCUCUCCCGACACCCCAGAGGAGAAACUCAGGGAGUACUUUGGUGCUUUUGGAGAGGUGGAGGCCGUAGAGCUGCCGAUGGAGAACAAGACCAACAAGCGGAGAGGUUUCUGCUUCAUCACGUUCAAAGAGGAGGAGACGGUGAAGCAGAUCAUGGAGAAGAAGUACCACAACAUCGGCCUCAGCAAGGACCCAGUCAACACUGGGACCAGGACUACGACAACUAUGGCAACCAAGGGUACGGAAACUACGGUAACUACGGCUACAACAAUCAGGGCUACGGCGGCUACGGCGGAGGAUACGACUACUCCGGCUACAACAACUACUACGGCGGAUACGGUGACUACGACAAUCCGGAGGGCGGAUACGGCAAGUCGCCGCGACGAGGCGGCCACCAGAACAGCUACAAACCGUAUUAACGCCACGGAACGGCCACACCUGUUCCAAGAAGCGGACAUUCCUUGCAGGCGAACCAGCUCCACCCCCAGAUACUCUGUGCCCGCUCAGUGCGGACGGGGUACGAGAGGCAUAGGCUCUCGAAUGCCGCCAUUUGGCUUCAAGAUGGCGGUAGAAGAAGAAUCUGCGCGGGGGGGCAACGGAUGGCGUGUGGUGUUGAGGAGGCACAAGAAUCCAGUCAGAGGUUUUCAGUCCAUUGUUUUUAAUUCAGAGGUGGUCCUCCAAUCACAUCAUUUUAUCACUAUCCUUAUUUUAUUCUAUUCGUCAAAGAUUUGACUUUUUUGCUGGGUUUUUGUGCGCAAAAAACAGGAUUACUAAGAAAGACACCACUUUCCUUUUAAAGUGAUCAACUUUUUGCAUCAACCAGUUCUUAAUGGCAGUAUGUACUGGAUAAGCUAAGCCAAUAAGAUAUUAUUGAUUUUUGUGCUGGGAAACAUUCAAUCAGUUACCUGCCAUCGUAAUCCUCAUUGUAGUUAUAAUAAUAUAUACAUUGUUACAGAUUUAAGCAGUAUUUGUUUACUUAUAUACAGUGGAAUGGACACAAACAUAACACGUGGAAUAAUAAAAAAUAAAUCAACAUUCUGGGGUUGUGUCCUUUUGGAUCACUAUGUUGCACCAAAGAUCGAGUAUUGGAGUGUGAAGUUAGUUCAUGGAGUACAGUAAUGCCCACUUUUAUACAUAGCUCUGAGGUCAGACAGCAGUUCAACCUUUCAUCUUUGAUAUGCUUACGUUAAAAAAGAUCACAGUCCUUACAGUUUCAAAUACUUGUCCAUCACAAGUUGUACAAAUAUCUUCGUUAUUGGUGUGAUGAGUCUUGAUGUUCUUUCAGAACUAUGCUUUAACUAAUUAAGCCUUUGGUGAAUUAGUUUCUUUGAAAAAAAUCAAAAGAAGCUGCUGCUAUAUAGUUUUGGUGGCAAAGAGAAUGAUGAGGAUUAAAAUGAUUAGCACGAUCACUCCGAUUAUAAUCAUCAUCUUUAUGUUUUUCCACCAGUACUUUCUGGCAACGCGAGUGGACGUCCUCUGAAAAGUGUCCGCCUGCAAACGAAAACAAAUAUAACGUCAUAAUUGUCAGUGAAAGACUCUUUAUUAAUUGAAUUCCUCGUGAGUUCUAUUGGUCAAAACCCUGUGACUUUAAAGUACACAGCCUUCGUCAAUACUCCAAUACUCACAGUUGCUUGCAGGUCCUCGGUUUUAUCCAUCAAGUCAUCUAAUCUGUCCCCCCUCUCCAACACUUUGUCGAUGUUGUCUUUCAGGAUAACUUUGACCUCGUUCACCUGACCCUGCACCUGUUCCAUCUUAGAGGAGGAGACAGCGGCUGGGGCCUGAGGCUCGUAAUUAGCCUGAAAUAAUGCAGAGGUAAAACCAAAGGAGAGAAUAGAGUUCAAGCCCUUGGUAUUGAACAACCUCUGCACCCUCACACUGCUUGGGUAUGCACUUUUUUGUCAUUUUUUCCUUCACGUGUUUUUUUUUUGUUUAAGAUAUUUUUAUUAACAAUAUGCCAAAAUGGACAUGAAGAAAUUUAACUUUUUCUUUUUUUUGGUUUCCAACAUUUGACAAUCGUAUAUAAAACAUUUCCUUCACGUAUUUUUUAAGGCUGAUGAGCCAUUAAAGGCAGCUUUAACGUUUUCCCUACACAGUGACAAGUGGGACUGUGCAACCAGAUUAAGUGGGUGAAUAUCUCUGACGUCACUGAUAGGUAACGGCACUCAUCAUCCCAGCUGGUGGUAAAAUAGGAGCCCUUUAAGAGUUAAUGUUAUGAUAGGAUGUGUCCAUUGACGUGCUCCGAAUUGAUUGGCUGAUUUUAUCAUUCAAGUGAUGCAAUUUAGUCAAUCCAAUGACGUGAUUCAGAAAAAUGGCAGUUUAAACUUGAUGUUUUUUAUUGAGCAGCUAGCUCGGUUUUUCUUGCUCUGUUUUUUCUUGUGUUGUUUUGUAAACCACUUUCGUUAUUUUCAUCUGCUAAGCACUUUUUUAGCUUUGUGCUAACUUGCUAUAGAACAGGGGUGACCAACACAUUGCCCACGGGCACCAUAUGAGGCGCCCGCAGGCCUGUUCUAAAAUAGCACAACUCAUUCUUGAACAACUCUUUCCCACCUUUUUUAAGUCAUUUUUGAUAAUUAUUGUGAGAAAUCAUUAACUUGAUCAGUGUCUUCACAUAGAUGAGUAUCAUCGGUUCAGAAAGGUUGGUGACCCCUGAUAUAGAACAAAACAUAUUCAUAGCUAAACAGAUACCCAACAAGCCUUUUUCAACCACCAGAUAUUGGCAGAUUUAGUUUUUUGUGUAUCAUUUAGACAAGACAUAUAAGAUAAGCCCACAUACCUGCCUGUAAAUGUAUUUCAUACAGGCUUACAUACAAAGCAACAAAAUAGUUCACUCAUAAAAGAACAUGAGGCAUAAAGAUAAGAACAGCAAUUUGCUUAUCAUUUGCUUGAGGAAACAUGCAGCGACAGGGCAAACAACAUUUAAACUUCUAUCGCGUUAAAGGAAUUACAAAGUAUGAACUUCCAAACACUUACCAUGGUUAGAGAUCCUAAAGAGUCAGAGGGGACCUCCUUCGAACCAAAAUAAAUCCUCAGAAAGUCGUUUGUCUUGCUCUUGUAAGCAUAGUAAACAAAUGAUUAGGUCUGUGUUCCUGGUGGCUCUGAGUCACAUUGUGAGUUCACAGUGUCCACAAUUCACCAGGCCCUACCUCUCCUGUUGUUACACAUUGAUAAACUCAUUUUCCAUUGGCUCCCGACACUCCAGCCAUAAUCAGCGCAAAGAACUAUAAAACGAGAACAGACACCAGUGACUUCUUCUUUUUACCGGCAUGCUGGACCAAAAGGUACUUUCAAUAAGGAAACGAAACAAACCUCAAUAUACCGGAUGGCUGUGCCAGUGAAAGCACACCUUACGGAUGAUAAUGUCUGUUGACUGUUUUCUUAUAAGUGUCUAUUCUAUGUACCUCUAUUCUAUUUCCCCGAAAAGUGGUUCAAACUGAUAUGGCCGGGCAAAGGCCAUUUAUUUUCGAGCUGUUUUCUAAGGGAGCUGUCUGAGAGGCAAUAUAAGAGGGAGUCACCUGCUUUGCUGCAACCUCAUUUAUU